AUGGAAGGAGAAAACCAAACAGCUCUUACAGAAUUCAUCAUCUUGGGAUUUGCUAGUCUAAAUGAUUUGCAAUUUUUACUCUUCACCAUAUUUCUUAUGAUCUAUCUCUGUACCCUGGGAGGAAAUAUCUUCAUUAUUUUGGUAACCAUAGCUGAUCCCCAACUACACACACCCAUGUAUUUUUUUCUGAGGAAUCUGGCCUUUCUUGACAUCUGCUACACCACCACUAAUGUCCCCCAGAUGAUGGUGCAUCUCCUAUCAGAGAAUAAAUACAUUUCCUAUGGGGGCUGUGUGACUCAACUUUUUGCAUUCCUUUUCUUUGUGGGGGUAGAGUGUCUUUUGCUGGCAGCAAUGGCAUAUGACCGUUACAUUGCAAUUUGUAAGCCUUUAAGGUAUUCUGUUAUUAUGAACAAGGCCUUGUAUAGCCAGUUAGCAGCAUCCUGUUGGAUUAGUGGUUUCCUCAACUCAGUGGUGCACACAGUGUUGACCUUCCGCCUACCCUUCUGUGGCAAUAACCAGAUUAAUUAUUUCUUCUGUGAUAUCCCCCCUUUGCUGAUUUUGUCUUGUGGGGAUACGUCUGUCAAUGAGCUGGUGCUACUCAUCAUUGGGGUCUUCAUUGGGUGGGCUCCUUUUCUGGGUAUUAUUCUUUCCUAUCUCUAUAUCAUCUCUACCAUCUUAAAAAUCCGCUCUUCAGAGGGGAGGCAAAAGGCCUUUUCUACGUGUGCCUCUCACUUGGUCAUUGUCCUUCUCUACUAUGGCAGCUCCAUCUUCACAUAUGUACGGCCUAUCUCAUCUUACUCAUUGUCAAAAGACCGGCUGGUCUCAGUACUGUACAGUGUUGUCACCCCCAUGUUAAACCCCAUCAUUUAUACUUUGAGGAAUAAGGACAUAAGAAAAGCCUUAAGAGCUGUGGGUGAAAAAGCAGCAGCCUCCAAAUUUCAAUUCUCUUGA